UCUUUCAUUCCUGCCAGACUCUCCCAGAUGAGCAUCACCUAGCCCGGGAGGCGAUCGACGGCCGCAGCCAUCACCUUCUCCCUCCAGCUUCUCUGGUGCCCAAGGUCCGUGUUUUCCCCACCAUAAAGAUGCGCCGCGGAGCGCCACCCGCACAGCUCCGCAAGCUCUCCUAAGACGGCGUCAAAUCCCACUUUUGGGACCUGGGAGCAAGGAACAAAGCAUCCUCUAUGAGAGCUCUUCUUCCUCCCCCUCCUCUUCUUCGUCGUCCUCCGUCUCCUCAACCUCCUUGCGCCGCCGCCGCACGCCGCCAACGUCUUCCCGGCUUGUGACUCGCCUUUCCCGGCUGGCUUGGAGGGUCUGCCGCCGCGGGGGGCAGCCGACGACCGCCGUGCAAGACGCCGCGCGCCGUAAUCCGCGUGAAGAAUGCCCAGCAGCCGCGCUUGGCCAAGCCGGCCGACCCGGGCCCGGCGGCGGGCGGGGGGUCCACCGGGGGGGGCGGCCUCUACAUGGAGCGCUCGCAGAGCCGCAUCAGCCUGUCGGCGUCUUUCGAGGCGCUCGCCAUCUACUUCCCCUGCAUGAACUCCUUCGAUGAGGACGACGGAGUGGACCCAGAUGGGCGUAAGUUGAAGGGCGCUAUCCAGAGGAGCACGGAGACUGGCCUGGCAGUGGAGAUGCCCAGUCGGCCGCCGCGGCAGGCCAGCCACGAGUCCAUCGAGGAGAGCAUGAACAGUUACGGCUCGGAGGGCAACCUCAACUACAGCGGGAUGUGCCUGGCCUCUGAUGCCCAGUUCAGCGACUUCCUGGACGGGAUGGGACCGGCCCAGUUUGUCGGCCGGCAGACGCUGGCCAUGACGUCCAUGGGUGAUGUGGAGAUCGGCCUAAUGGAGAGGAACGGAGGUCUGGAAGUGGAGGUGGUCCAGGCUAGAGGACUCACCAUGAAAAUGGGCUCCAAGGGGCCCCCCGCGGCCUACAUCAAAGUCUACUUGCUGGAGAAUGGCACCUGCGUGGCCAAGAAGAAGACCAAGUCGGCCAGGAAGUCUCUGGACCCUCUUUACAACCAAGUGCUGGUCUUCUCUGAGAGCCCCCAGGGGAAGGUGGUCCAGCUGAUCGUUUGGGGCAAUUACGGGCGCAUGGGGCGCAAGUGCUUCAUGGGGGUGGCCCGCAUCCUCUUGGAGGAGCUGGACCUGAGCAGCAUGGUGAUUGGCUGGUACAAGCUGUUCCCUACCUCGUCCAUGGUGGAGCCCACCAGCGCGCCCCUCAUGCGCCACUGCUCGCAGUUGUCACUGGAGAGCGGUGUGGGUCCCUGCUGCGAGCGCCCCUGAGACAUUCGGCACAGGAGCCAUCUGAGUGGCGGACUUUGGACUCGCCGGGGCUUCCUGCCGCCUCCUGUUUGGACCAAGGCGACGCUGCAGGCUCAGCAUCCACGUCGUCUCCUUCCGCAGCGUCGUCGGCAUCCUCUUCUGUUAGUGCAAAGCUUCGCAAGCAUUUUGGGAGCUUUCCGAGGAUCCUCCUCAACAUCCUCACGCCAGGUAAUGUGCACCCCCAAGUACAGUAGCGAACUUGACCAUUUGCAAGAAACUCAUGUUACAAUGACAUAUUACAAUUCACAAAAGCAAAAAGCUAAUUCUCCAAAGUGAUAAAACCCAUUGAGAAAUAAAACAACUAAAGCAAUUGACACAUUAACAAUUUACAAUUUCAUUAGA